GCCUAUACCAGUUCUUUAAAGCCCAGCCCAAAUUAUACUUGUUGAAAUAGCAUUAUAAUAGAGUUAGGGUUUUCAUUUCUCUGAGCCGACUCCUAGCAUCAGAGGUUACAUUCACAGCUGCCGGAGUUUUCCAUUGUAGUUACUCAGAUCCCUGAAAAUGUAUACUUCAAGGAAGAAGAUUCAGAAGGACAAGGAUGUUGAGCCCACUGAAUUCGAGGAAUCUGUUGCUCAGGCAUUGUUUGACUUGGAGAACGCAAACCAAGACCUCAAGAGUGACUUGAAAGACCUCUACAUCAACACUGCCACCCAAAUUGAUGUGUCUACAAAUCGCAAGGCUGUAGUGAUUCAUGUUCCAUACAGAUUGAGGAAAGGCUUUCGCAAGAUUCAUCUGAAGCUUGUGAGAGAGCUUGAAAAGAAGUUCAGUGGAAAGGAUGUUGUUCUGAUUGCAACAAGAAGAAUGGUGCCUCCACCAAAGAAGGGUUCAGCAGCUACAAGGCCACGUUCACGUACUUUGACAGCUGUCCAUGAUGCCAUGCUGGAAGACAUUGUUUAUCCAGCUGAGAUUGUUGGAAAACGUAUCAGAUACAGAAUUGAUGGAUCCAAAAUCAUCAAGAUUUAUUUGGAUCCAAAGGCAAGAAAUGACACAGAGUACAAGUUGGAGACAUUUGCGGGUGUUUACAGGAAGCUUUGUGGAAAAGAUGUUGUGUUUGAGUAUCCAAUCACAGAGGCUUAAAAAAGUAUGAAUUUGUGUUAUUUCAUGGUUUCAUUUUUGUUGUCUUUUUUAAUGUCUGAAGUUUCAACUUAAAAGAAUCAGAUUAUGCUUAUUUUCUUUGUAGGAAAAUACUGUUUUUGAUUGAAAGUUUUCUAUUUAGUUUGUUUGGCUUAAGUUA